AUGACUGGGUUCCAGCAGUGGGAAGUGCCAGGUAGAAGCGUGGAGGUAAAGGAGAUUAAGAAGGGAGUUUUUUCUUUAGCAGCUCUUGUCAAAGAUAGAAGAUUAGGGUGUAGUAUGAUUUCGAGGGCCAUAGAGGAGUUUUCUGACUUCAUCAAUGAUCACUUUCUCAUUGAUCUUCCUCUGUCAGGGGAAAGGUUUACUUGGGCCAGAGCGGAGGAUUCCAACUCAAGGUCUAGACUUGAUAGAUUUUUAAUAUCGCCUUCUUGGGAUGAGCUGGUGCCGAAGCAGAUUCCUUUACCUAGGCUGACUUCGGAUCAUUUGCCUAUCUUGCUAGAUGGAUGCAGAGGGAGGGGGGUGCAUGCUCCCUUCCGAUUCGAGAACAUGUGGUUGAAGGUGCCAAGAUUUGGUGACAAGGGAGAUAUUAUUAGGCGGAAUAAGGAGGUUUUUGGGAGGGUAGAUGUUAAAAUGAGGGAGCUUAUGCAUGAAUUAGGGGAUCUAGAGAGAGGGGAAGGGGCGAGGGAGUUAGAUGAAUCUGAGAAAGAGAGAUUGGGGGAGGUUAAGAGGGAUAUAGUCGAGUUAGCAAUAGCUCAGGAGACCAGUUGGUGGCAAAAAUCGAGGGCGCUAUGGAUGGCGGUUGCAAAUCGAAGAAGAAACUUCAUAGAGUCCUUAGCUGUAGAUGGGGUGAGGAUUGAGGGAGAGGAGGAGGUAAAAGGGGCGAUAGUGAGGUUUUAUGAGAACUUAUACAAAGAGAAAGUUAGUUGGAGGCCGACUUUGGGGGGAAUAAAGUUCAACCACAUAGGGGAGGGAGACAGUGAGUGGCUAGAAAGGGCUUUUGAGGAGGAGGAGGUGUACGAAGCUGUGUCGAGUUGUGCUAGUGAUAAGGCCCCGGCCCUGAUGGUUUCUCCUUGGCCUUCUUCCAGCUCU